AAAGAUGCAAAGAAGGCGUUUUGCUUGAUGCUUUCAUUAGGCACCAUGACGACGUUCAUCGGCACGGAAGGUCUGAAUACUGAUGCAUUGAAAGAGCCGAUUAAGUCGCUAUUAGACAAGAAGAUUUUUUGGGAGAUUCCUUCAUCGGUUCUUUCGGCACGUGCAGUGUGGUUAGGUUUUGUGAUGGCCGUGAACCAAGCGCUGCCAGCUGAGAUGGAAUCCAAGCGAAAGCAGGUGGUUGCCUUAAUUCUGAAAUCGCUGGAUGACGAAAAUACAUCAGUUUGCGCAGUUAGCUGGAACUGCUUGGUCAAGUUUUUGAAGGACAUUGAGGUAAAUGGACGACUUUAG